AAGGUCCCCGAACAAGGAAGGGAACGGAAAAGAAAAAGAGUGGAGCUUUGCUACUUUAGUUUUCUUCAAUUUUCUCUUUCGAUUGUGGGAAAAAAGAUGUCAUUUUCUUUUUCACUGAACUUUUUGCUUGCAGUCUGAGGGAAGGAGUUAGCAAAGAUCAAAGCUUUGGAGAGGAUGGCAAGACGUCAAACAUUUUGGCUGCAUCUUCUGUUCUUAGCAUGUUGGACAUCGGUUGGAGAAGCAGAGUAUAUGAAGUACAAGGACCCUAAACAGUCGAUCAAUGUCCGAAUCAAGGAUUUGAUGGAUCGAAUGACCCUUGCUGAAAAGAUUGGCCAGAUGACACAGAUUGAGCGUAAGGUGGCUUCUGCUCAAGUCAUGAAAGACUACUUCAUAGGUAGUUUGUUGAGUGGCGGGGGGAGUGUGCCUGGUCCUCAAGCAAGUGCUUCAGACUGGGUAAACAUGGUAAAUGAACUCCAAAAAGGGUCUCUCUCGACCAGGCUGGGGAUUCCAAUGAUUUAUGGGAUUGAUGCUAUUCAUGGACAUAAUAAUGUCUAUAAAGCAACAAUAUUCCCUCAUAACAUUGGCCUUGGAGCUACCAGGGAUCCGGCACUUGUUAAGAGGAUUGGUGAAGCAACUGCCCUUGAAGUAAGGGCAACAGGGAUCCCAUAUGUCUUUGCUCCAUGUAUCGCAGUCUGCAGAGAUCCAAGGUGGGGACGGUGCUACGAAAGCUAUAGUGAAGACCACAAUAUUGUCCAGGAAAUGACAGAAAUAAUCCCUGGAUUGCAAGGAGAUGUACCUGCUAACUACCACAAGGGUGUUCCUUACAUUUCUGGAAAGGUGAAGGUCGCAGCCUGUGCAAAACAUUUUGUUGGUGAUGGUGGGACACACAAUGGCAUUAAUGAGAAUAACACCAUUGUCAACCGUGAUGGACUGCUUAGCAUCCAUAUGCCUGCGUACUACAACUCGAUCAUGAAAGGUGUUGCAACUGUUAUGGUUUCAUAUUCAAGCUGGAAUGGAGUGAAAAUGCACGCAAACCAUGAUCUAGUCACUGGCUACCUCAAAAACACUCUUCACUUUAGGGGGUUUGUCAUCACAGAUUGGCAGGGUAUUGAUAGGAUAACCAGCCCUCCAGGUGCGAAUUACACUUACUCUGUCCAAGCUGGAAUUAAUGCUGGUAUUGACAUGGUGAUGGUUCCAUACGACUACAGUGAAUAUAUUAAUGCCCUGACCUCCCUGGUUAACAAGCAUGUCAUCCCCAUGAGUAGAAUUGAUGAUGCUGUAAGAAGAAUUCUGAGGGUGAAGUUCACCAUGGGUCUCUUUGAGAACCCCUUGGCUGACCUUAGCUUAGUUGAUCAGCUAGGAAAGAAGGAGCACAGGGAGUUGGCAAGGGAAGCUGUUAGAAAAUCUCUUGUGCUACUAAAAAAUGGAAAGUCUAGAAACGAUUCAUUCCUGCCUCUUCCUAAAAAGGCUGCAAAGAUCCUUGUUGCUGGAAGCCAUGCUGACAAUUUAGGUUAUCAGUGUGGUGGAUGGACAAUUGAAUGGCAAGGAGCUAGUGGAAAUAUCACAGUUGGAACGACAAUACUUGGUGCCAUUAAAACCACAGUUGACCAUUCAACUGAAGUUGUAUACUCCGAGAACCCUGAUGAAAAAUUUGUCAAAGACAAUGGCUUCUCUUAUGCCAUUGUUGUGGUUGGAGAACCCCCAUAUACUGAAACCGCUGGAGACAACCUCAACCUCACUCUUCCAGACCCUGGCCCAAGCACGAUUCGGACUGUCUGUGGUGCCAUCAAAUGUGUUGUCAUUAUCAUCUCUGGCAGGCCUGUCGUGAUUGAGCCCUACGUUCACUUGAUGGAUGCGCUUAUUGCUGCUUGGCUUCCUGGAUCUGAAGGCCAAGGGGUCACUGAUGUUCUCUUUGGAGAUUAUGGAUUCACUGGGAAGCUUUCACGUACCUGGUUCAAGUCUGUGGAUCAACUCCCCAUGAAUGUCGGGGACAUGCACUAUGAUCCAUUGUUUCCAUUUGGCUUUGGUUUAACAACUGGACCAACAACGGCAAGGUUAUCAACGUCAUCUCCUGCUUCUGCUGCUGCUGCUGCUGCUGCUGCUGCUGAUGUUAGAAAGGAGGCUUACUGGGUGGUGUCUCUAUUUCUCAGCCUCUCAAUGGCAUGGGUAUCUACUUACUUAUUGUGAUUCCCAAGCGGCUUUUAGAUGGUAUCAGCACCUGACAGCUCUUUGAGUGGCCUUGAACUGAUGUCAAUUCAAUUUUGGUUGCAAUUGAUGAGAUUCAUGGGGUGACAUGAUUUGUUUCAUCUAUUGCACUUUCACAGACCUAAAAUCAUCUGAGUUGUGUGUCUGCUCUGAUCAUUCGUGUUGAUUCCUGUGGAAUUAUGAGAUUGUUAAAGUGGAAGCAGAUUAAGCUUUAUGUUUUCA